UCACAUUCUUUUCUUGUUAAGGAAGGUUCUUCUACAAACAAAAUGCUUUCUUUCAAAUCUAUCGUACUCGUCGCUGCGGCGUUCCUGUCUACUGAAGCGAGUGUGGUUCCUGCUCCAUUAGUUGCUUCAGCGCAUGUGGGUUACGCUCACGCUGUGCCCCAAAACGUUCCUCCAUACGCUGCUCAGAUUAACGUUGAGAGUCGGGCGAUCAACGGUUUAGUGCCUGCGGGUGCUGUUGCUGCACCAUUAGCUGCCCCUCUAGCUGCUCCAUUAGCCGGCCCUCUACCAGCGCCUUUAGCUGCACCGGCUGCUUACGCUGCCCCGGCACCGUACGCAUCAUAUGUUGCAGGACCCGCUCCUCUUUACUCAUCUUACGCUGCUCCUUAUGCCCUACCCGGUCCCUUUGCCCCAGCUGCAUACGCUGCUUCUUAUCCUUAUGCUGCAGCUGCACCAUUAGUCCGAUCCCCUUACGGUUUCGCCCCAGCGUUCGUACGAUAGAUUGUAAGAAAACAUCUCGGACCUUCCUAGAAAGACUUAUUAUUAGAUUAAGAUUUAUGUACCUUAUAAAAAUGAAAAUAAAUAUGUUUGUACAAUAUUUA